UACAAAUUAAAAAUAAAAUAAGGAUGCAGAAGGGAAAUGUAAUUUUAAGGGUUUGCAGCCAAAAGCUAUCAACCCUAAACCCCAAAUCUUUCUCUUUCCCAUCUUACAUCUCUGUGCGCCUCUCUCUCCCAAAACUGCAAAUUGGUGGCUCUCUCCUCUCCAUCUCCUUCGUUCUUUCUACCCUAAUUCCACACUUCUAUAUCUUAUUCGAUCGCCUUCGCUCCAUCUCGUCGUCUUUCAGUUGCAAAGCUGUGGAUGCUUGAUUUGCUGUAAUUAUGACAGCCCAAGCAAGCAUUCUUCGGAUCACUUAUUCAGAUGAGCUUUUAAAUGGAGAAACAAUCUAUGUUUCUUCAAAUUGCCUUCCAGUAAAGGCCUCACGCUUUGAACCUGCUGGGCAUUCCUUUCAUGAUGUUGCACUUAAACUCUGUGGUUGUUUUCUGGAGGAAAACAUAGAGGAUGAUAAUGAAAAUUUGCCCAAAGAGAAAGAACAUGAGUAUAUGCAAUCAUCUGAUUCAUAUAGCAGCAGCAAAGGCAAAAAGAAGUCUGGUGAUGGAGCCAACCAGCAGGAUCACUAUGCAUUGUUGGGUUUGGGUCAUUUGAGGUAUCUAGCAACUGAGGAGCAGAUUAGAAAGAGCUACCGUGAGACUGCUUUAAAGCAUCAUCCUGACAAGCAGGCUUCUCUUCUUCUUGGGGAGGAAACUGAAGCUUCUAAACAAGCAAAGAAAGAUGAGAUAGAGAAUCAUUUCAAGGCAAUUCAAGAAGCAUAUGAGGUGUUAAUCGACCCAGUGAAGAGAAGAAUUUAUGACUCCACAGAUGAGUUUGAUGAUGAAAUUCCCACUGACUGUGCCCCACAAGAUUUCUUCAAGGUAUUUGGCCCCGCUUUUUUGAGGAAUGGACGCUGGUCCGUUACUCAACCUAUACCUUUACUAGGAGAUGAAAAUAGUCCACUUAAAGAUGUCGAUGCUUUCUAUGAUUUUUGGUAUGGUUUCAAAAGUUGGAGGGAGUUCCCACAUGCUGAUGAAUUUGAUCUUGAGCAAGCUGAAUCACGCGACCAUAAAAGAUGGAUGGAAAGGCAAAAUGCAAAGCUUUCAGAGAAGGCUAGGAAGGAAGAAUAUGCAAGGGUACGCUCUCUUGUUGACAAUGCUUAUAAAAGAGACCCUAGAGUUCUUAGGAGAAAGGAGAUGUUGAAAGCUGAAAAACAGAAGAAAAAGGAGGCCAAGUUUAUGGCAAAGAAAUUGCAGGAGGAGGAAGCAGCCAGGAUUGCUGAAGAAGAGAGGCGUAAAAAAGAAGAAGCAGAAAAGCAAGCUGCUGAAGCUGCAUCACAUCAGAAGAAAAUCAAAGAAAAAGAGAAGAAACUAUUACGUAAAGAGCGAACUCGUCUGAGAACUCUGUCAACUCCUGUUGUGUCUCAGCGUUUGCAUAAUCUUAGUCAGGAUGAUGUGGAAAAUCUCUGCAUGUCACUCGACAUCUUGAAAUUGAAAAACUUGUGUGACAAUUUGGAAACGAGAGAAGAAUGUGGGCAAGCCGAACUCCUCCAGGAGGCGCUUAGUCAUCAUCAUGACAACUCAGAUCACUCCGUGAAAGAUUAUGUUUCAAGAAACAGUCAACGAAAUGGGUCUGUAAAAGUCAACGGAAAUGUUCCUAAAAAUAGCAUGGAGAAGAAAGAGAAACCUUGGGGGAAGGAAGAGAUUGAGCUCUUGAGGAAAGGCAUGGUGAAGCACCCUAAAGGAACAUCUAAACGGUGGGAGGUCAUAUCAGAUUACAUUGGCACUGGACGGUCGGUUGAGGAGAUUCUCAAAGCAACCAAAACAGUUCUUCUCCAAAAGCCCGAUUCCACAAAAGCAUUUGACUCAUUUCUUGACAAGAGAAAGCCAGCAGUGUCAAUUUCGUCUCCUCUCACAACUAGGGAGGAAAUCGAGGGGGUAUCUUCCAAUCCUACUCCUGCUGAGGAGAAACCCAUUAUCCAAAAUGCAUCCGAUGAAAUUGUUGCAAAUGGUGUGGAAAAUUCUGUAACUUCGGAUCAAGAUGUAUGGUCUGCUGUCCAAGAAACAGCACUGAUUCAAGCUCUAAAGACAUUCCCCAAGGAAGCUAACCAGCGAUGGGAACGGGUUGCAGCUGCUGUUCCGGGGAAAACAGUUAACCAAUGCAAAAAGCAAUUUACGGUGCUCAAGGAGAAAUUCAGAAACAAGAAGAAGUGAGGAUUUGGUCCUACUCAUUUUUGAAGGGAGAAACAUAUUCAUUACAGAUGAAGUUCAUCAUUUUUGCCAGUCUGUGAUGAACUUGGGAGCACUUUUCAUGCACAUGUGAAGAGAUUUGCCUUGACACAUUGCUGACUUAUCUCUGGAGGUAUCAAAGUAUUCAUGUUCCAUAUUCUUUUUUUUCUUUCUCAAGAUGCAUCUUUUGAAUGCAGCAGCAAAUGAGUUUCAUUUUUAUUUCUAUAAUUAUUAUUAUUGGUGAGCUAUAAAAGUAGCUUAUAGCUCCCAGUCAUAGUAGGGGUGAUGGAGAGGAAUUUAUAUCAUAUUUUUUUUAUUGCAAGGUCAGACAGGCAGUAUGAGACCAUCUUUUUGUUACUGAUGCUAUAUGCUAAAACUUGUUUUGGAUUUCAUGCCAUUUGUUUGUAGGA